UUCUUGGAACAGCUUCUACAAAGGUAACGCCCGGCGCGCUACAUAUAAAUACAGCAGUUGAGACUUGAGAAGAUAACAGAGUCGAAGCUUGGGCUGAUGGCGCGAGGACUCAUCCUCACUUCGCAGGCCAAAUCAACUUCGACGACCUUCCUCUCUUCGUUCUCAACAUGUUCAGUCCGGCUCUUCUCUCGUCGCCGCAGUUUUCGCACUUCCAGCCCUUUCUCUCGCUUCUUUUGCAAGUGUGCUCUUCAAGAACACCACGCAGUACAGGCUAUGGCAGCUUACAAGGAGACUUUCUCGAAGCGGAUGGCUCUUGCUGGUCUCAAACCCCACCACCGUAUCGCUUUGGGGGUCUCCGGUGGUCCUGAUAGCAUGGCACUGUGUGUUCUAGCUGCUGAUUGGAAAAUCAGUGGCCUUGACUCUGCUGACAAAGAGAGUGGGUUUAUUGACGGGCUGUUGGCGAUUAUUGUUGACCACAGGCUGCGUGCAGAGAGCGAAGAGGAAGCAAAUACCAUGCGUGAGCGGGUUUCAGAAAUGGGUAUCAGAUGUGAGAUUGCCCGUUGUGAGUGGGACGAUGGGAGACCAGAGCAAGGAAAUUUGCAAGAAGCAGCACGUGAAAUGAGGUACGAAGUGUUCCAUAAAGUUUGCAUCGAACGGCAGUUUGGCAUCCUGCUUCUUGCACAUCAUGCCGAUGAUCAGGCUGAGUUGUUGGUUAUAAGACUGUCACGCAACAGUGGUGUGCUUGGACUUGCUGGAAUGGCAUUCACUUCUCAAUUUUUUGCCAAACACAUGUAUACUCAUGGUGUAGAUCCAAUGAGAGGUGGUAUUCUUUUAGUGCGACCUUUUCUGGAUUUUUCGAAGAAGGAUAUGUACAUGAUUUGUCAAGAGAAUGAGCAGAAAUGGGUGGAAGAUCCUUCGAAUAGAAGCCCCUUAUUCGUCCGUAACCGGAUCCGAAUGUCCUUGCAAAAAUUUUCAUCAAGUGUCUUUAGCUCUGAAGUGCAAUCUGUGAUUUCUGCUUGCCGAAGAACACGCGCGUACGUUGACAAGAUAUGUUCAAACUUGUUACAUGAGGCUGUAACUGUUAUGGAUCAAGGGUAUGCUGUCAUUGAUUUGAAGACCCUCAAUCCAUCAAAAGUUGAGGACAUUUGCCUGGCAAAGUUCAUUGCAAAUGUUACGCAGUACAUCUCACAAAGACACAGACCUAUUCGCGGUAACACGUCGAAAUUGCUUCUCAGCUAUAUCCGUAGAUCUCCAUGCAAGACUUCCCUUACUGCAGCUGGUUGUUACCUUUGCCCAGCUCCUGGAUCUAGAGGCACCAAAAUCUUAGUUUGCUGUUCUGCUAACUGUCCUUUGCCCUCGAAAGUGGAGUUGUUUUACUCAGGAAGCAGUGCAGAAGAGAAGUAUGCUGUCCCAUAUGAUCUAAAGGAAAUCAUGGAUAAUGCAAAUACAAGUUCAAAUCUGUUAUCUGAGGAUGCAUCAGAUGUGCAUUUUUUGAAUGUAACAUCUGGAUCUGUUCUAGGUGAAGCGAAAAGACUAAACCUCAUAAGUGAGUCCACCUAUGGAAGUAUUCUCAUGUUGCAGGAGGAGGAAACAAAUCGUUUCAAAUUCAAGUCUGAAGUGACACCGGACUAUCAACCAAAGUAUGCAGUAGAAUCUGUUGGUACAUCUCACAAGCAAUGUCUUCGGCCUGGACAAAUGGGCUUUUUCAUGAAUAGAUUUUUUAUCUCAUGGAAACCAUGCAAGGAGGAUGUUUGCAGGGAAUUUACUCAAGAUGGUGAUUUGGUUUUAGAACGCUUGGACUAUAAAUGCAGUUUUUGUAGCCAUGGCCAUGAUAUGGAAGCUGAGAUACGUCAUAUGAUGGAGUCUGACUGGCUUUAUCUUGCCGAGCUGUCAAAAUCUCAAAAUGCUGUUUCAAGUAGUGUUACAGAGCAAGCUGCAGAGAGAGCAAGCUCAUGUCUUGAUUAUGCAAGGGUAUCUGCACGAAGUGUUCUCCAAAUGUUGAAACCUAUUCCUGUUGCCGCGAGAAGAAGCUUGCCCGUCCUAGUUGAUUCUCAGGGACUUCUACUAAGCAUUCCGAGUCUUUCUUUCAGGCAUUGCCCUUGUCUAGAGAUUCAAGCCAAAUUCCAACCCAGAGUUCCACUUGGAGGAGGACAUAGCUCAUUCAUCUGACGGUUCUUUUGCUUAAUUUCGCCUUGCUUCUUACCAAACAUCUGGGACAAUGGGCAGUCAUGAGGGAGCCAAAUGCUUUUCGUUGAUGGAGUCAGUCAAAUGCCGGCAAAUUUCAUCAUUGUAGAAAAUAUUUCCACCACGGCUUAUUGAAGUUGAUAAAGCAGCCUUUGCUAUAUGCUACAAGGAAAGAAUCCAGUUUGUCUUAUGUCAAGGUUGGUUUCAAAAAGGGGAAUAUCAAUGAUCGUCACUCAGUCGUCCCCCUUCAACUAGAUAGAGUUGAAAGCAUCAUUGACUUUGGAACUCCUUUUGCCUUCAGGUUAGUUAGUUAAGACGUUGUCUUGGGCAAGUCGAAGCAGAAUCGACGAUCUCUCCUAGUAUCUGUACCCCAGUAGCACCCAGUAGGGGAAAGUAACCGUGUUCUCGAUCAAUGGAUGAUUCCGAUAUACUGAUUAAGGCUCAUAAAAUUUGGAAAUCGAUAAUUCCAGUCGCAGUUUUGCUCGCAUUGUGAUACGUUACUUGUUUUCUGUACCGUCUUCUGGAGGACCAGUUCAUAAUCCAUUAGAGAAUUUAACACAGCUUCAAUCUGGCUGUUGAGUGGAAUAAUUUUGAGUACCUUCGAGGUGGAACAUGGUCAUAUCAUAUCUUAUUCAGGAACUCACUUACGGAAUUAGUUGAUCAGAUUCUUUUU